UCAAGAUGGAGGACCAGUUUCCUUCAGGAGUCAAAAUGGAGAACCAGCUCCUCUCUGAGGCCAGAAUGGCGGACCAGGUUUUUGUCAGAGCGAAAGACGGAGGAGCAGCUUUUCUUUGGAGCCAAGAUGGACGACCAGUGCCUCCGAGCCGUGCUGUGGCAGGACAUGUCAGUGAACCUGGCCUCCACGCUGCUGCACCAGCUCUCAGAGAGGGUCAGUAAAUCCAACAGUCAUCAGGUGGAGAGGUCGACUCCACCCAUCAGAAGCAGUCCUAUACUGAAGGUGAAUGUGGAUCCUCUCCGCUCCUCUCCACUCUUCAGCCCCCUGGAAACUCCACUUGAAACACAAACCAGCCUCAGCAGAGAUCAAACCACAGGUUGCUCUUACUUCUACAGGUGUCACGUGUGCGGGUUUGAGACGGAGGGACGCGCCCUUUUCCAGAGUCACAUGACAGAACACCGCCAGUGGGAGCACGGCUCCUUCUCGCUGCACUGCUGCGUGUGCGACCACUCGACCAAUCAGGAGGCGGAGAUGAGGGCUCAUGUCGACACGCACAUACACGGCGACACGGGAAUCAGAGACAUGAGAUGCCCCGUCACCCCUCCCUGCCGCCGCCGCCGCCGCCGCCUCCAGCAGCACUCCGGCAGUUGCCGUGGCAACCCAGCCAGAGAAGAGCACCUCUGAGCAUCGCUGCCGCAUCUGCCAGAGGUCGUUUCCAGGGCAACAGGAGCUGCUGGUUCACUUCCAGGGUCAUCGCCAAGGCAACCAGUACCGGUGCGACCGGUGCGGCCACCUGACGCGGACAGCCAACAAGCUGGUGGAGCACGUUCGCGUGCACACGGGGGAGCGGCCGUUCACCUGCGACCUCUGCCCUUACAGCGCCAAGCGGCGGGACAGUCUGCGCCUGCACUGCAAGGUCAAACACGCCGCCGCGCACGUCAACGGGAACGCGGCGGCGGACGCGCCCGGCGACGUGCACACGCACCGGUCGUACGUGCACGGGGACAAUCAGCGUUCAAACAAACACGUUCAGCGGCUGCACACGCCGGCCAACGCACACACUGCUGCACCCUCCUCCUCUCUUCCUCCUCUUCAUCCCUCGCUCUCUGACCGGGCAGGGUGGAGGGAUUUGUCUCCUCUCCUCCCCAUCACGACACUCAUCUCUCUGAAACCACGCUCUCCUUCUUCACCCUCCUCCUCCUCCUCCUCCUCGUCUUCCUCCAACAAACACUCCUUUCUCGGUUACCUUGGUCUGACGACGUCUUUAUAAAAACGCUUUGUCUCUUUUUCUUCUCCUUCUCCCUCCUCUCCCUCUUCUCUCUCCUUCCUCUCCUCCUCUUCUCAUAGCUCAUUCCCUGCUUUUCUCUUUUUCUCGUUCUCUCCUCUCCUUGUCUCCUUUCCUCUGCUACUCUUUUUCCUUCUCUUUACCUCCUCUCCUUGUUUCCUCUCCUUUCCUUGUCAUAUCUCCCCCUCUCUCCUCUCCACAUUUCCUCCUCUUCCCUCCUUUCCUUGCCUCCUCCUCUCCUCUCCUCUCAUCUCCUUGUUUCCUCUCCUUCUCUUCUAUCCUCAUUUCCUUUUGUUUUCCCUUCACACCAUGUUUUUCUCUCCUACUUUUCAACCCCUCCCUCUCCUCCCUCUCCUCUUCUAUCCAUCCUCUGGACUGUUAAAGUGAUGGAUGUAAAGCUCUGUAAUGUAUCCAAGGUACUGUCACUCAACACUAUGUAUGAGAAUGUCAAACAGCUACUGUAAUGCUCAAUGCACUGAAAAACACACAGAUAAGGAACGUUUUGAAUUUAUUGAACUUUUGCAUCAUGCUCGUGAUUUUUGCUGCAUUCCUGCCUGCUUUUAGCCUCUCAUAUAAUCACUGAACUCUUAGCUAUUUAACCGUGUGACAUAUUUAUUGCCUGUCUCUCGUCCCUCAGAAACCCUGAGACUUAAAAAUCCUCCCGUCGCGCUCAUUUUGCACAAAAAAAACCACGAGACGCUUUAAUGUAAAGAUGAGUUAUGUAUUUAAAGUAUGUUAACAAGUCGUUUAGUCUUUUGUUCAGAUUAGAUUUGAGACAAUUUCACUGAUUUCCAAAAAAACAUUCCGCUUUUAAAGAAAUUUUGUUUCGAGUGUGUCAUUUGUCAUUUUUUUGUGAAAGGAGGCAGAUUUUUCUGAGUUUUCGCGUCAUGAGUAAAGGCAUCACGAUCACACAGACUGUCAGAGGCUCUGGGUCGAUCCUCGUCGUUGGUCCUCUGCCUCCUCAGAUGUGGUGCUAACAUCCCCAGCAGGACCUCAAACUGUCCCACAAACAUCCUAAAAAUAUGUCCACAACCGGCCUCAGUGGAGCAGCUACAUCCCGAUUCAGUUUACAAAACGUGAUUUGACUCGUUGCACAGAUCAGUGCAGGAACCACAGUCUUAAAUUAAAACGACCGAACCACAAAACUAACUGUGGAAAAAGGAGAGACUUGAUAGAAAUGGAGGUCAGAGCAACCUCGAUACUCUCAGCUCCAGUGUCAGGUAUGUUCUGCACAGCUACAGCAGAAACUACUGGUGUUUUGGCAAAUUAAAUCAGGCUGACGACGCUGUCAGCAGCCCGGCAGGAGAGACACUCCAUGGUGUGAUAGGAUGAUGCCAACUUUAUGUCUGAAUGAAAAACAAGAACAAAUCAUCGGAUCUUUGUGUUGAGCAGCUGAAUAGGAUUCGACUGAAAUAUUCUGAGUUUGGUUCAGCCCUGUUGAUUAGCAUUAAACACAAACUACAUCUGAAGGAUGAUGGGACUGUCUUUAGUUUUGCUGGUAUUUGGCGCUAGAGGAAAAAUCAGAGGAUCACUGAAGUCAGUAGGAUUCAUCCUCUGAGGACCAUAAAUUUUAUGGCAAUCCAUCCAACGGACCAACUCUUAACAUUUCCGUCCACAGAGGUAAAAAAAACCCUGUUGUCUCAUCCCACUUGAUGACUGGUUGAAAUAGAUGGAGACUUGUUUUUUUGGGCUGUUACCAUCUUGUUUUACUUGUUCUAAGAGCUGGAUGUGCCAAACUUGAAGAUUUUCUACAACUGUUUUUCACUCUCGAAAGUUGAUGCAGCUUCACUAGGAUUUUUUCUCAUCAGAGGUCGUCUACAACUUACAGUUCAGUCUUUUUAAAACAGUUUUAACAUUUCUAUUCAUCAUCGUUAGAUAGUUAUAAAUCAGCAUAAGACAGGGUUUCACUUCAGUUCACUACUGUCUCUUUAUUCUUUGGGGAUUUUUAAGGAUACAAGGUUUCUGGUGGACAGUGAUGAUAUUUCUAAUAUUUGUGUUGUAUAUUGAUAAUGUAUUUGUGUUUACGUAACUACAUGAGGCUCCUAAGAGUCUGAAAUGUCUUAAUUUAAAGUUGCACUAUAUGUAGUUUUGCUGAGACAAGAAAAGAAUCAUUUUAGAAUAUUUUACUUUUUGUUAACUCUUCACAAAACCAGAAUGUUCAGUGAAAGUAAAUAUGGACCAUUUGUUUUUUAGAGCGAUCGAGGAGUAGUUGAAAAUCACAGCCGAACAGUUUCCCUGAAGCUUCAGUACUCUAUAAUUGUUUUAUCCAAAAUUACCAACAGAUCCAGCAGGUCUGAUGACACUUCCUGUUCUCGUGGGCAAUCAUAUACUACCUAAAAUUAAUAUUUCAAUCAGUACUAUCACAUAAAUGAAAACAAUGAAUUAAAACUUUUGUUGCAGACAAGGCUGUAUUACCUCUCCUGCACAUGCACAUAAGUCAUAUUUGUGAAGUCAAUUGAAGCUACUGUUGUAAAAUGUUUGUAGGGUGGAAGUUAAAGGUGCUAUUUGUACAUUUUUGCUAUCGCUACUUAGCCAAUGUUAGCAUUGGCAGCUGUGUACUCACCAGGAGCUUCAGCCAUUGUUGUGUUUACAAGACAAGAGGUCAGAACAUGUCCUCUGGGCAGUGCUACUUCUUCAUCCUCUCAUGAUGGACUGGAGAAAGACUGAACACUACAGUGACUCACUAUCACAAAGCUUGGGCUAGCAUGCUAGCAUGCUAACUUCAGCAGAAGAAAAGUGAUAGAAAUAGUAGCAAAACAAGAGUUAACAUCAGUGUUGCUUUCCACCUCUGGACACAGCCCUUAGCAAGUAAAGGAAAUUUUAAUGUUUUGCAUUAAAAUUUUGCAAGUUUAAUGGUGAACAUGCUAAUGCUAACGUUGGCUAUGUAGCGUUAGCAAAAACUUGUGUAUAGCACAAUGAAGACGUCUUUCUGUGACAGAGACAACAACAACAAAGAAAAUGGGUCUGAAAAUGCUUACAAACAUGACUGAAAUCAGUGCAACUGUUCAGGAUGUUUUAAGUCAUCUUACAGAAAUAACAAUGCUUAAAACUACAUGUUUCUUACAACUUAAAAAUCAAAAAACGUAGCCUAUAUGUUGACUGAAAAAACGUUGACAGGACGAAUCCAACACUUGCAAACUGAGAAUAUGAACUUGAUGUUAAGUCUGAUUAUCAUGUUAAAAAUGCUAAAAGAAAUUGUGUUAGCUUCCUUACUAGAGAGUUUGUUGCUAGCAAAGAAGGUGAAUGCAAACUUUCGAAAACUAAUUUGCACAUUACAACAAAUAAAGGUUUGAUAAAAUCAUACUUUUUACUGUUUUUUCCACUUUGAAGAUGCAGUCUAACCUUUUAAAUAUUCCUUAGUCAGUUAACAUUUGAACAUGUGCAGUAGAGGUAACGCAUGUAGCGACAGGUCGAAGAAACAGAGUUGCCCUGUAGCGAUUUUACCGUUGUACAAACCUUAACCUGAAACUCCCACAAACCACAACUGAGCAGCUUCAAGAAAAACCUGCACACGUGUUGUUUUAAUAUGAAAUGUAUCUACAAUCAAUGGUGCUAGGCUCUGCAGAGCCGGAGAGCUGAUUUUCUGCCUGCACGUUUCAUUUUAACACUUUGUUUCCACACAGAGGAGCAUGAAAUACAAAAAUCCUUCAUCACAGAUUGUGUCUUACGUUAUUUACUUAAAAUCUAUUUUCUGUUCUGUUUCUAUCUGCUGUAUCCUGUUACUGUUUGCUGCUGCAAUGAUCAAUAAAGUUUAAUUUCAUCUGA